AUGCCAACCAUAGAAAGAACAUUUAAAGCUACUAACAGCAGUUGUGCAGUUUUGAUACCGCUAAUCAACAUACGCUGUCAGCCAUGCAUGCUAUUCACUCAGCGAGCGUUACUUCUCAGAAAUUAUCGUGGAGCCGUUUGCUUCCCUGGUGGAAAACUUAAACCAGAUGAAAAUCCUGAACAGGGCGCACUUCGCGAAAGUUACGAAGAAAUUGGACUGGACACAAGCAAAGUUGAUAUAUGGGGAAAAUUAAAUCCAGUCUACAAUGCAGACUUGAAGUGUCAUGUGACCCCUGUAGUUGGCAUGCUAAGAAAUGUUAAUUUAAACAAUCUAAAGGCUCAGUUUUCUGAAGUCCGAACUAUCUUUGUGGUUACUGUUAACGAGUUAUGCUCCAAAAAGGUGUACGCUAAAUUCAAGAAAGGUUCCAUCUUUCGCUUGUUGCAUCAGAUGAUAAAAUAA